UGCUAAAUCAUAAUGCCUCUAACGAGAAGUCAAGAUCGCCAGCAACGUCGCGAUUACGUUAUGCCUGUUGAAGAUGCAAACGCCAACGAAAAUCAUGAGGAGCAUGAUAGCCCCCAUGAUCGCCGCCACGCCGAAUCAAGUGGCAACAAUUCUACAUUCAACCUGGAUGAUGUCUCAGCGUUGAUGGCCUCGCUGCAGCGUUCGCAGGCUGAGACAUUUAAAAACAUUAUGUCGUACGUGAUGGAACAAAGAUCGUCGACGCCGGCAGCUCCGCCGAUGCCCCCAGUGAACGUAGACGGUACCUUGGCGCGUUGCAAAGCUUCAUUCAGCGGUGCACCUGGUGAAUCUGUUGAGGCCUUUAUAGAUGCAAUUGAAAGCUAUACAGAGUGCGUUCAAGUAUCCGACGCUAAUAUCAUACGAGGCCUAGCUAUGCUUUUGUCUGCUGACGCAGCUACAUGGUGGCUAGGAUUAAAACAUCACAUAUCCACUUGGAACGAAGCCAAAGAAAAUUUAAUAUAUGCAUAUGGCACCCGCCUUCCACCACAUAGAGUAUAUUUAGAAAUAUUUGCUUCCCCGCAGGUGGAAGAAAACACUGAUAAGUUUGUUGCUCGUGUCCGUGCGCUUAUGGCAAAGCUACCGAGGGAUGAUAUCUCGGAAAAAGUACAACUGGACAUGGUAUAUGGGUUACUUCAUAACAGAAUACGCACGAGAUUGCGCGGUGAAGAAUUCACAUCUUUCAACUCAUUGCUGAGCCAUGCUCGGAACAUAGAAGAUUCAUUAGAGGAAACUCAACCGAGGCCGUCCACUAGUGGUGUGCGUUCGACCCGUGCCCAGCCGGCCUCGGCUGCGGGUCGGCAUGAACCGUGCGUCACUCGUGCGAGUGCGCCGGCGCGCGCGCGCUAUCCAAACUCCGCCCCGACCGUCGUGCCCGCCUCCGCCACCGCUGGGCCUGUCGUUGUCGCCCGGCCUGCUGUUGCCACACCUACGUCUGCUGUACCAGGUUCUACAGAGCAGUCUGUGACCAUAAAAAAACAGCGUCCGGUGUGCUCCUACUGCAAAAGGUUUGGACACACAAAGGAACAGUGGCGUAAGUUAAUCAGCCGAGCUUCUGCUAACAUGCUUCGGGAUGAUGAAGGCAUACACUUGCAACCAGCUGAGCGCCAAGCACUAUCUGAGUUCCUUAUUCGGCAUGAAAGUAUUUUUACAGCAGGGGGAGGUCCGACACCGUUUGCAGAACAUUGCAUAGACACCGGAGAUCACCCUCCGAUAGCUGUGCCGCCCUAUCGCCUUAACCCGUCCAAGAAGGAGACGAUGAAGCAGGAAAUCUAG